CAUCCGCUCAUUUCGGAGAAGCACAGCCGGGCUUUCUGGUGACGUCACGCAGGAAAGUACACACUGACGGCGCAGCGCUGCUGACCUGAAAACAACAAGACAUACGCUUACAUUUCAACCAACAGCCCCUCAUGACAGCUUCGUAGAAACGACUGGUGCAGUUGUAGCCAUGGAGAAACCUCCCUUCAUGCAGAACCAGAACUGUGGAGACUGGGAGCUAAAAGAAAGGCUGGGAAUGGGCGGCUUUGCCCACGUUUAUUUAUACCAACAUCAUGAUACAAAUGAAAAGUUAGCUGUGAAAAUGUGCCGUCUGGAACUCACAGAAAGAAAUAAGGACAGAUGGAGCAGAGAAAUCCAGAUCAUGAAGAAAUUAAACCACAUAAAUGUUGUGACGGCCCGAGAUGUUCCAGAGGAGAUAGCGCACAUCGCCUUAAAUGAUCUUCCACUAUUGGCCAUGGAGUAUUGCUCAAGGGGAGACUUGAGGAAGGUGCUAAGCAAACCUGAGAACUGCUGUGGUCUGAAGGAGAGUGAAGUGAUUUCAUUACUCAACGAUGUUGGUUCUGGUAUCCAGUAUCUGCAUGAAAACAAGAUCAUCCACAGAGACCUUAAACCUGAGAACAUAGUUCUACAAGAUAUCAAUGGAAAGCUGGUUCAUAAAAUCAUCGAUUUAGGCUACGCCAAAGACCUCGACCAGGGUAGUCUGUGCACCUCCUUUGUUGGAACAUUACAGUACCUGGCACCUGAGCUGUUUGAGAAUAAGCCAUACACUGUCACUGUGGAUUACUGGAGCUUUGGUACAAUGAUAUUUGAAUGCAGUUGUGGUUUCCGUCCUUUUUUGCACAACCUUCAACCUGUGCAAUGGGCAAGCAAAGUGCGGAAUAAAGGUCCAAAAGACAUAAUGGCUGUUGAAGAACUAAAUGGAGAAGUCCGGUUCUCCACACACCUUCCUUACCCCAACAAUCUUGGGAGUACACUGGUGGAGCCGAUGGAGGCACUGCUUCAGCUGAUGUUGAAGUGGGACCCCGUACAGAGAGGUGGAAAAAUGAACAGUGACACAAAGAAGCCGCUGUGUUUUGAAUUACUGGAGCAGAUACUGAGUAUGAAGGUUGUCCACAUUCUAAACAUGACCUCAGCCCAGGUCCACUCGUUCCAGCUGACUCCAGAGGAAAGUCUCCACAGUCUGCAGAGACGCAUCGAGGCGGAGACCAAGAUUGAAGUUGUGAACCAGGAGUUGCUGCAGGAGACGGGGGUGUCACUGGAUCCUAGGAAGCCUGCUGCACAGUGUGUCUUAGAUGGAGUGCGAGGGUGGGACAGCUACAUUGUCUACCUGUUUGACAAGAGCAUGACUAAAUACUCUGGUCCCUUCAGUGCCCGACAGCUGCCUGACAAAGUCAACACUAUCGUCCAAGAGCCCAAAACUCAGCUGCCCCUGGUUGCAUUAAAAAAGGUCUGGGGUGAAGCAGUGAGCUACAUCUGUGGUCUGAAGGAGGACUACAGCAGACUGUUCCAAGGACAAAGAGCUGCUAUGCUGAGUCUCCUGCGCUACAACACCAACCUGACCAGGUGUAAGAACAGCAUGUUUGGUUUCUCUCAGCAGCUGAAGGCCAAGUUAGACUUUUUUAAGAGCAGCAUCCAGUACGACUUGGAAAAAUACAGCGACCAGAUGCACUACGGCAUAUCCUCUGAAAAGAUGCUCAAAGCCUGGCAGGAGAAUGAGGAAAGAGCUGCAGCUUUCGCACAGGUGGCACAGGUGAGCCAUUUGGAUGAUGAGAUCUUGGCUCUUCACUCUGAGAUAGUGGAGCUUCAGAGGAGCCCAUACGCCCGACGGCAAGGAGACAAGAUGGAGCAGCUAGAAGAAAAGGCAAUUGAGCUCUACAAGCAAUUGAAGAUGAAGUGCAAAAUUCCUGAGCCAGACGUGAGCUGCGACAGCUCAGAGAUGGUGAAGGCCAUCAUUCAGACUGUCCAGAACCAAGACAAGGUCCUCAAAGAUCUGUACACACACCUUAGUAAAAUCCUGAUCAGCAAACAGAAGAUCAUUGACUUGUUUCCACGAAUUGAGAAAACCCUGGAGAGUAUCAAGGAUGCAGACAACACAGUGAUGCAGAUGCAGAUCAAGAGGCAGAGAGAGUUCUGGCAUUUGCUGAAGAUUGCCUGUGCUCAAAACUCAUCCCGGAGCUCGAUAGCAGCCAGUCCAGAGUCAUCCAACCUGCUGCAGGUGUCACAGUGGUCACAGUCGGCUCAACCUGUCAGCUCACCUCACCCUCUGGUCUCUCUGCCUGGGCCUAACGACAGUGAUGCUGCUCCUCGGCUGUUGCAGGAGAACCAAAAGUAUUUGAGUCAGCUGACUAGCCUGAUGCAGGAAGCAGCUGACGAACAGACCAAGAGCAUUGUGGACCAAGACUGGAGCUGGACAAAAUAUGAAACUUUAAACACAAAAUUAAAAAAGCGAAAUGCUUAAAAAAACAAAAAAACAAAAAAAAAA